AUGAAUUCAAGAGCCUUUUCUUCCUGUGUUGCUGCAACCUCUCCAAAGAGAUACUUGUUUGUAGGAAUGAAUGGAUGUGUGGUACCAUCUCCUCUUUCCAAGACAAGUUCUGCAACAACCACACCGACCACAUCGGGUUGUUGUUCAUCACCAUCAUCAUCCUCCUCUAAAGCAAGCUCCGAGAGACUGAAAAAUCAUCCAAGAAGCAAUAGUAGUAAUAAUAGUAGACCUCAGGCUUCUUCAUCAAGUAAUACGACUUCUACGUCGCAUGAGAAGAAUAUUUCCAAGUCAUUGUAUGAUGUUCUUGGAGUUUCUAUUCAUUCAAGUGAUAAGGAAAUUAAAUCAGCAUACCGAACACUGUCGAGAAAGUAUCAUCCUGAUUUGAAUCCAAAUGGUGAAUCUGCAUUCAGAAUCAUUCAUGAAGCCUAUAGUGUGUUGAUGGAUCCUGUCAAGAGGAAACAAUACGAUUCGAAAUUUACGAAUACACUCCAUGCCAAUCGUAGUGUGGUGUGUAAAGAAUUUGAUACCAAUUUGGAUAUUAUGCACAUAGUCAAGUGUACUCGAGAGGAUUUAAUUUCUGGAAAGAGAAAAAAGUUCAUGAUCAAUAGACGAGUUGUUUGUGACGAAUGUUGUAACCAACACGAUACCAUUGACUGUGGCAAGUGUCAAGGAGCAAGACAUGUCACUUGUGGAGAAAUAGUUAAGGUGAAGAUUGAACCUGGAAUGAAAAGUGGUCAAACUAUCUUGAUAACUGGAAAGGGAGAUGAGAACUUAAGGAACGAGAAUAACGGGCGUAUCGUGCAUUAUUUUGGAAAUUUAGUUUUUACAGUAGUCACAUAA